AUGACUUUGCUUCUCGCUGAAAACUCACAGACAGAUCAUUUGGGUAACUCUGUAGUGGCGUUGCCGCGAAGUCUGUUUGAGCAGAGUCGGUACUCGCAGGUUCUGAUCAAUGACCUACCCACAGAAUUACUCAUCCAUGUAUUUUCCAACCUAGAUCCCGUUUACUUGAACACCAUGAGACUUGUUUGCAAGCGGUGGAAUUUCGUUAUUAAUGACAGACAGACUUGGAUCAACUCGUUCAAUUUGAAGUUCAAUACUCCUGUAGUUUUCCCCAGUUUGACCAAUUCGGCUAACUGGAUGCUGGAGUAUUUCACACGUUUGCAAGUGAUCAAGAACUGGAAGAAAGGCACUGCUUUACACUCGUCUUACCAGCUUAUCAAUAAUGAGUAUCGUUUUAAUGACUGUAUACUUACAAACUUCUCGGGUAAUUCUGGUCUCGGUCGUAUUCUUGUAUUUUCCAAGAAAUACGGCAAUAUAGCUCUCAGUAACUUGAAAAACGGUAAGAACCAGAGCUUUAUCCCCGGAGGAAAUCCACAAGCUUAUGAAAACUUAUCUUUUGCACUCAACUGGAAUCAUCUUUUGAUUGGAAAGUUGAAUGGUGAGAUACAUCUCAAAAACUUGCUUACCUCUACAUCUUCAGGCUCAACUCGGUCUUCUUCCACUGUGUUCGCAGACCCAGUAUCUCACGACAAAAGUCCAGUGAUGGUUGUAGAAAUCAACCUGAGCGGAACAGAUAAAUACAAACUGAAAGUAGACGUGAUAUCGGGCUCCUUUGCUGGCAGUUUGAAGCUCUGGAAUAUGAAUGGCCAGGUAGUAAAGCUCAUUCGGUUUCCUGGCGAAAUCAUCUUGAAUGUCAAAUCCAACUUCAAGAAAUUUAUUGUAGUAACAACUGAUUGCUGUAUCCAUAUUGUAGAUUACAACACGUAUGAUGUUGUGGCCACUAUGGAAUUGGGCUUCAGUAUAGAAAACCACGAAGAGCCUACUAUCCAUGGAUACUACGAUACGUUUCUCCGAGUACGGAAUACAUUGGAUGUCGAUUUCGGCAAUUCCAACAUCGUAGUUUGCUAUCAGUCUAUAGUCAAGGUUUUCAACUUCAAGGACUUGAAUAACAUUCACGAGAGGCAAGUGGUAUUGCCUGAAGGUGUAUUUGUCAUCAAGUCCAAGAUGCAGACGAUAUCUAACAAUAAGAUCAAUGGGACCAGAAACCCACGCAUCAUUGGAGGCGAUGGACUUCUAUUUGCAAACUCUUUGUCUGAUGAUACGGUGAUUAUUUGGAAUGUGCGAGAAGACGAAAACUACAGGCCUUCCACCAUUACUCCCCAUUGCACUAUUCGGUUGACGUUCCGCGAUAUUAAGUACACCACACAGGGAGGAGUUUUUGAUUACAUCCUAGACAGAAACCUUCCGUUUAUUACCAGUAUAGCGUUGAACAGCUCGAUCAUCGCUAUAGGCGGGUACAACGGUGUCGCCAAUGCAUACGAUGUGUUUACAGGUAAAUUCAUCAAGGAGAUCUACGUAAAGUUUCCAAAAAGGUUUAACCACAUGUAUGACGAGUUGAUACCAAUCACUGACAUCAAGUUGAAUGACAACCAACAGGAUGCCAGUGGGGUAAUUGUUUGUGGUGACACAAUGCAAUAUUUUCAGUUUGGCGAAACCCGGUUAACAGUUACUGGUGCAAGUGAAGGAGGUAAAAAGCAAAAGGCAAAUGUAGGAUCGUACAACAAACACGAGUCUAAGAAGAAAAUCAAAGACGGCUGGGAAGACUACGAUACCCAGAGAUGGAUCCAGAAGAAACAACAGGAUCUCUUUGACAAAUACAAUGGGCAGUUGGACGAAGACGACGAUGAACUCUCGCUAGCAUUAGCUUUGAGUCAGAGCGUUCACCAUAACAACGACGACUUGAAGAUAGCUAUCGAAUUGUCAAAGCAAUUGAACGAGGAGGAUAGACAAGCAGCCGAAAUCAACGACGAGGAGGACGAAGUAAUGAGACGGGUGUUGGAGCUCUCACUCCAUGAACAUUAA